AUGGUCUCACAGGCCAGUGAGGGCGAGGCCAUCGCUGUCACAGCUGUGGCAGCUCGUCGGUACCCGGACGGCGGCAAGAAGCUCGCCGUCGCCUUUUCGACGCUGCAAUUCCAAGACUGGCGACAAGAGGCCAUGUCGAACAAGUCGUACAUCUGGGACGUCAAUAACCCGAACGCGCCCGACCAGGCCCUUGCGUACGAGCUAGACCCAAAUCUGCUUGUGAGCGGGGCGUACAACGGAUUGGCGCCGGUCGAGACGUCAAUCAUCGAGAAGUCGCACCGCGACCCGGUGUACGACGUUUGGUGGCUGCAGGGUAAGACCGCCUACGAGUGCGCGUCGACGUCCACCGAUGGGCAGGUGCUGUGGUGGGACAUCCGAAAGCUGGCCGAGCCGGCGGAGCAGCUUUCGCUCGACGAUAAGGGCGCCGCUCACAGCAUGCCGGCCGCUACCCGUCAAAUCUGCGCGAGUCACAGUAUGUAA